AUGUCAACGACAACCAGUACCACGGAAUCGCGAGUGCACGACGCUGCACGGAGCCGUUUGGCUACGCUCACAGCUCACUUGCUUCCGUCUUCCACAACCACCGCCGAGGGACUCAUCCAGCCUCUCCAUCUUUUGGCUUCCUCCGGGAUCUCUCCGCCGCCGAAUGUUAAAGGGAGUCUCACCGUUGUUGAUGAACGGACCGGGAAGAAGUAUAGUAUUGAGGUCUCUCCCGAUGGCACCGUCAAAGCCAAUGAUUUCAAGAAGAUAUCAACAGGGAAGAAUGACAAGGGACUUAAGCUUUAUGACCCUGGAUAUUUAAACACUGCUCCUGUGCGUUCGACAAUUUCUUAUAUUGAUGGUGAUGAGGGAAUCCUUAGAUAUAGAGGAUACCCGAUUGAGGAGUUGGCUGAGAAAAGCACCUUUCCGGAAGUGGCAUAUCUCAUAUUGUAUGGAAACUUGCCUUCUGCACGUCAGUUACAGGAUUGGGAGUUUGCUGUAUCUCAGCAUUCAGCCGUACCUCAAGGAGUUUUGGACCUCAUACAAUCAAUGCCUCAAGAUGCACAUCCUAUGGGUGUUCUUGUUAACGCUCUAAGUGCUUUAUCUGUUUAUCAUCCUGAUGCAAAUCCUGCUCUCAGAGGUCUUGAUAUCUACAACUCAAAACAAGUACGAGACAAACAAAUAGUGCGGGUCAUUGGAAAGAUAACAACAAUUGCUGCUGCGAUUAAUCUUAGACUCGCAGGAAGGCCCCCUGUGCUUCCAUCCAACAAACUGUCUUACACAGAGAACUUCCUUUACAUGCUUGAUUCUCUUGGCAAUCCCUCAUAUAAACCUAAUCCUCGUCUAACUCGUGCACUGGACAUCAUCUUCAUCCUGCAUGCUGAGCAUGAAAUGAAUUGCUCUACAUCUACAGUACGUCACCUUGCAUCAAGUGGUGUUGAUGUAUACACUGCUAUUGCUGGUGGUGUUGGAGCUCUAUAUGGACCUCUUCAUGGUGGAGCUAAUGAGGCUGUCCUCAAAAUGCUGAGUGAAAUUGGAAAUGUUGAUAAUAUUCCAGAGUUCAUUGAUGGUGUUAAAGCAAGGAAACGAAAGAUGAGUGGUUUUGGACAUCGUGUGUACAAAAACUAUGAUCCUAGAGCAAAGGUCUUAAAGAAAUUGACAGAGGAAGUGUUUUCCAUUGUUGGCCGGGAUCCUCUGAUAGAGGUUGCUGUUGCCUUGGAGAAGGUUGCUCUGUCUGAUGAGUAUUUUAUCAAGAGGAAGCUAUAUCCAAAUGUUGACUUCUACUCUGGAUUAAUAUAUCGGGCUAUGGGAUUUCCACCCGAAUUUUUCACUAUUUUAUUUGCUAUCCCUCGUAUGGCUGGAUACUUAUCACAUUGGCGGGAGUCCUUGGAUGAUCCUGAUACAAAGAUUAUGAGACCUCAACAGGUAUAUGUUGGAGAAUGGCUGCGACAUUAUGCACCAAGCAAGGAAAGAUCUGUGUCAACUGACAGUAAUACGGACAAGCUUGGUCAGUUAUCUGUAUCGAAUGCGUCAAAGAGGCGACUAGCUGGAUCUGGGAUUUAA